AUGCGUCCAGCCGCAUGUUCUUCAACCUAUGCAUCCGACCGUCUAACAGGAGUUCGAGCAAUCGAUUCCUGGAUUCAAACCAUCAGCAGCUGCUGCUUCUCUGUCACCUGGCUGCAUCCUCCAAGCAUAUCCCUCUUCUCAGGCCAAGCAGGAGAUCGUUACAACACGCCACUGGACUCGCCCAUGGUCCGAUCUCUGCAGAAUCUCAUUAAGUCGGCACAACUGGCCAGGACUGCGUCGUCAUCGAACUCUGGUUCCAGUGGCGAAAGUGCUGGUGUGCGCUUGAUUGCAACGCUAGUUCAAUCCCCGCUAACGCAUUACGGACCAACCAGAUGGGCUGAUCUGCCCGGAGGCCUCCAAGCUAUGGAGCAUCUGAAGGACGCGCACAUGAUUACUCUGAGGCACCUUCUUUCCUGUGAACAGAGCUCGUGGGUUGCCAGAGAAGUGACAUGCUAG